UUGACUCAUAGCGCCCCCUGUUGCUAUCAAAAAUGAACUGUCGCUAGGUGCGAAGCAGCUCCCUUCGAUAGCUCAGUUGGUAGAGCGGAGGACUGUAGGUUGUUGAUGCUGUAAUCCUUAGGUCGCUGGUUCGAAUCCGGCUCGAAGGAGUGACUUUUUGAUUUACAGACGAGAAUGAACCGAUGUUUUGACGAAACAUUCACGGGACUCUUGUUCAAUGGGUAAAACAUACAGACAAAAACCGUUAAAGGAACAAAGUAAAGCAGAUACAGUCGGGUUCAGAGUCACGGAGGUAGACGCCUAUUUUUCUUUAAGAAACCCACGAGGUUUGUUAGCAAUGUCUCAACGAAAUAAACUUUGGAAAGAUAAAAAAAAUGUAUUUAAAAAUGUCAGUUACUUGUGAUGUUGUUUUCCAUUCUUUUGUGUUUGGGUAUAUUACUGUGUUGUUAGUAUCGGUACCAGCACUGUCGCCUCACAGCAGGAAGGUUCCGGAUUCGAACCCCGGUUCGCCUUGGGCUUUUCUGUGUGGAGUGGGUUCUCUCUUCUCUCUCACUUACAGCACCUUGACUCCUCUGAUGAUGGCCUGCACUCGGAGGAACCCUGACGUGAUCCAGGAGCUGCUGUGUCACGGUGCUGACCCGGCGUUGAGAAACAAGGACGGCUGGAACUCAUUCCACAUCGCCUGCAGGGAGGGUGAUCCUCUGGUCGUACAGCACCUGCUUCUCGUUGCGCCGGACGUCUGGAGGACAGAGAGCAAGACACGCAGGACGCCGCUGCACACUGCAGCAAUGCAUGGCUGUGAGGAGGUCGUUAGGAUCUUGCUGGAGAGAUGUGGCUACACCCCAGACAGCAAAGACAGCUGUGGAGUUACACCUUUAAUGGAUGCUGUCAGGAACGGACACAUUUCUGUGGCCAGGCUGCUUUUAGAAGAGCAUCAGGCAUCUCUAACAGCAGCUGACAAGCUCGGGGCUCAGCCCGUGCACCAGGUCGCUGUCACCGGCCAGGAUGAGGCCCUGCGGUUCCUGGUGCAGGACCUCAACGUAGAUGUGAACCAGAGAGCGACUGACAUCCAGCUUACUGCCCUGCAUUAUGCAGCAAAGGAGGGCCACAUGUCCACUGUAAAAACACUGCUAGACCUGGGAGCACAUCUUCAUGUUCAGGACAAAAAGGGAAGAACGGCCCUUCAUAUGGCUUGCAUUGGGCAGCAUGCAGGCGUAGCCAGGAUGCUUCUGCAGCUCGGACUCAAAGAUUCAGAAGAUGCAUCUGGCACAACAGCACAGCAGUUCGCCAAGAAACCAGAUGUAAUGCGAGUAUUUGAAUGUGGCUAACCAGACACAUUAUAAACAAUAUCAUAAUGAUACAGAACACAGAUUUGCUAUGGGUUCAGUUCCUUUAAGUAAAGAAAAUAAUAACCUUAAAUAUUUCAUGUGAUUGAAGUCAGUCUGUUUAGGCUGUAUGGAUUACAAUAAAACAAAACUUGUAUUGUGUUGUGCAUUACACUCUAAAGUGAUGGGACUGGGGUUAUUAGUCACAUGACUUGAAUUAAAGCUUGCUUGCUUUAGUCUGUUACAUUUACAUUUGGCUUGGCUUUGGAAUUAGUGACUUGGACUGUGAUACCUUGAAAAGUGUCUCCCAAAUUAACUUAAAAAGGCCAUUAUGAUGUUUCUGCCUGAAGGCCAACCAUGCUGCUACAUGAGUAAUCAUCAACAGCUGAUGAUUCCAGUCUUUUUGUCCUAGCUGGUGUGUGUUACUGCAUAUGAAGAUACUGUGUAUGCAUGUAAAUAUAUAUGAAAUGAAUGUAUUGAAUGUAUAUAAAAAAUAAUGUUACAAUGAAA